AAGUGUGGACUGAAUGAGGAGUUCACAGAAUGCGGAACGGCAUGUCCUGCGACAUGCGAUCAGAAGGGACCGAUACCUUGUACGAAAUGGUGUAUACCAGGAUGCUUUUGCAAGAAGGGUUACAUACUGGAUCGAAAAGGUGGUGCAUGUGUUCGUGAGACUGAAUGCAAACCCCAAUGUGGACCUAAUGAACAGUUCAAUGCAUGCGGAACAGAAUGCCCAAGGUUCUGUGGUCGUGAAGAGCCUGUAAUCUGCCCUCCAAGCUGCGUGAAGGGUUGCUUUUGCAAAGAUGGAUAUAUUCUUGAUCGAGAAAACGGAGUGUGCAUUCCUGAAACGCAAUGCAAAACCGAAUGCGGUCCUAAUGAACAGUUCAAUGUAUGUGGAACAGCAUGCCCAAGGAUCUGUGGUCGUGACAAACCUGAGAUCUGCACUAAAAACUGUGUGCAGGGUUGCUUCUGCAAGGAUGGAUACAUCCGUGAUCCAGAAGACGAAGUGUGCAUUCCUGAGACGCAAUGCAAACGUAUGUGGUUUGCGAAUUUUCCUCAGGAGUUCAUAAAUGUGUUUGAUCCAACCCAUAUGCAUGGACCACGAAAUUUUCGAUCAUCGAACAAGGCUCACAACUGUCCCUGGCGAGCUAUGAAACAGAUCCGAGUGUUCUAG